AUGUCAGAUGACAACAGCGGCGACUUACUCCAUGGUAGUACAGCAAUAAAUGAAAUCCUCGGCUCUUCUGUACGAUCGUCAGCGUUCUUCACUUUACAAGAUGAUAUACUAGCAUACACUGCUGGUAGUGGAGUAGUUGUAUGUCAAUUGGAUUCCACAUUGACCAAGAUAUGCAGUCAAAGAUUUUUCUGUGUCAAUGCCAGCCAGUACAUGCUUCCCAUGGCAUCGUCCUCAGCCAAUGCGUAUCUUAAUAUGAUAAGAAAUGAUAGAAAUGGAUCAAUAUCAGGAAUGUCCUCUAUAUCAGAUUCAAAAAGAGAUACAUUUGGCUACUCACAUGAACCAAUAAUAGCAGGCUCGGGCUCCGAACAGAACGGCUCUGGUGGAAGUCCACUGCAAGAUCCGACUAAAAAUAUCAACACCACUUCGACUACGAAGACUUCCCCAUCCAAAUUAAAUGACAGAAUACGUUCGAUCAGCUGUUUGGCAAUUUCUCCCAAUAAGACUUUACUUGCAGUGGGGGAAAGUGGAUACCAACCAAGAAUUGCUCUCUUCUCAUUAGCCUCUGAUCUGACAUCUUCCCCUAUAGCCCUUGUGUAUGAACAUGCAUUUGGUAUAAGCUCAAUUACCUUUUCACCAGACCUGCAAUAUUUCUGUUCAUUAGGGUUGAUAAAUGAUGGAUUUUUAAACAUCUGGAAAGUUUCACCAUCAUCAGUACAGUUACAGGCAAGUAAUAAAUGCACUUCCGUGAUUAAUCAGGUCCUUUGGCAUGAAAAUUAUAUAAUAACAUUGGGUCUUCGAAUUUUAAAAGUAUGGAAAUAUGAACAAAUAGAGGAGUCUACUACUAAACUGAUACAUAAAACCGGAAUCCUCAAGGGGAAAAAUGUUCUCCUUGGACCAUUAAUGAAUUCUAAUUUCAUUCAAGGUUCUAGCUUGAACGCUGACGAGAUAUUAAUUAUAUCGGAACUGAAUCAAUUAUUACUAUUGAAAUUACAAUACGAAAACUUGAAAUUAGUAUUAUUAGAAUCACCUCCAAUACUAAAUCAAUUUUCUGCUAUGUGUAUCGAUUAUACUAACGAGAAGAUUUGGUUUGGGGGAUGUGAGAAUGUAGUGGAGAGUAUUUCAAUGAAUCAAUUGAAGACUACUGCAACAACUUCCAUUACAAAGUCAACGAUAUCUCCCACGAAGAUUAAUCCAAUGUUCAAUGGUAGCCCAUUGAAUCCCCGUAAAUCGAUAUCCAAUACUGAAAGUACCAUUUCCAAAAUCAUUGACCUUGAUAGCUCCAAAUUAUUAAUAUAUACUUCAACUGGUCAAAACAUACUGAUUUAUGAUAAAAUAACUGGGCAAAUUUCUAUUCUUGUUGGAAGUUUAAUAAAGAAUUUAUCAGGUAUUAAGCAAUGCUAUCUGAAUGAUAUCUUUGUAUUUUCACACGAUGGACAAAUUAACCAGAUUGAAGACGGUCGAAUUAUCACUACCAUCACUAAUUUCAAACUACCCGUCUCAAAUGAUUUGAUAUCAAAUUCUUUGACAUGUGUUGAUUAUAAUGGAGUGGAAUACGCUCUAGGUGAUAAGUACGGAAAUAUAUUUGUCGGUCAAUUAACUAGCGAGAAUCAUGAACUUGAUGUCCGAUAUCAUACAAAGGCACAUGAAUCAACGGUGAACGAUAUAAUAUUCUUUGAAUUAGAAAAGAAUAAGUUCAUAUGCAGCAUAUCAAGAGAUAGAAUGAUUCAAGUAUUUUAUAAAACAAAAUCUGAACAAGGUACCUGGGAUAUACUUCAAACACUCCCUACCCAUUCGGGGAAUGUCCUCAAGGUGUUUUACGAAGCAGGCUUCCUUUUCGUAUGUUCUGCUGAUAGAACUAUUUCCAUUCAUAAAAUCGAAGAGACUGAAUCAGAGAUUCAAAUUGUACAAAUAAAAGUGAUCUCAUUGAAGAAUGCUCCAUUAAAUAUGAAGGUUCAUGGGAAUGAUUUAAUAGUAUCAACAAAUGAUAAGAAUUUACUUAUUUAUAACAUUCCAGAAAGUUUUGAGCUUGUGAGAACUUUGAAGUUGUGGAAUGAAAGGAUAAAUGAAUCUCUUUUGAUUGAGAACUUUGUUGUACUUAACCAGUUGAUUGUAGUUUCAUCAUCAGAUAAAUCAUUGAGAACAUUUAAUUAUCAACUGGGAAAGCCAAUAGCAGUAUACUGGGGGCAUCUGGACACAAUUUUAAGUUUAAUCUUGAAAUCUGAUGAUUUAUUAUCCAUAGGAAUGGAUGGAUGUUUAUUCAAUUGGAAUAUCGGAUCACUUCGUCGUAAAAAUGGAUCGACUAACGUACCAGUGAAGGAUUCUUCAGCAACAACAACAUCUAUGGAUUGUAUUCCAUUGUAUUCCAAAGUAACACGCAAAAUCAUAUCAAAUAAUAGCAUAUCAACAACAUCUCCCCAAAGAAAACUUCAACAACCAGUCCCCCCACUUUCUCCUAAUAAGGUUAUUUCACCAGAUGAGUACAUCUCACCCACACCUGCUACUCGAUUAACUACUGCAACGUUGAAAAGAAUGGAAUCUAAACGGAAUUCAAUGGAUUUAAGUCCUAAACGGAUUGCAAAUACCACGAAAACACCCACAAAACUGAUUAAUAUAUCACCAUCUAGAAGUGCUGUAAGAUCACCUAUACAUACAUCAUUUGCCCAUAAUAAAAAGAGAAUGCUGCUUGACAACGUUACCAAUUCCUUAGCUAAUGUACCAAAUUUUGCAAAAAUAGAAUCAUGUCAGUUCAUGGAGAGAUCUUUAGCUCAUUUGGAUUACAUUAAAUCUGGCUUGUUAAAAUCUAGAGUGUCUGAAUUGGAAAAAAUACAAUUAAAAAGUGCAUUAGAAGAGAUACAAGAUUUAUUGGGUGAUAAGGUAGAUGGACAAGAAAAUGGAUUGACAGAAAAAUUAGAAAAAAUUGCACUAGAAGAUAAUGAAACAAAAAUGAAGGAAAACGAAUUGUUGGAGAAGUAUAGCGAUAAAUUAAUGGACAUGUUCCAAGCCAAGUUAUCACUUUCCAAUAUUAAACGUCCGUCGUUGGAAGGAAAUGGAGGUGGAACCCCAGGAAUAUUCAGAAGAGUCUAUUCAAAUGGUAUUAAUACUGAUGUGGAUUAA